UUUUUUAGUAGAGGUUAUAAUAACCUCUGUUAAGAGAUGUAGAUAACAGAGGUUUUAUAAACCCCUUUUAAGUAUCAGGGGUUUGAAAGAAACUCCAGAAAAAUUUUAUAAUAUUUUAAAAUUUUAAUUUGACUAUGCUCUUGAAACUCUUUUGUUGAGGAAGAAGAAAAGUGUCGUUGUGGCUCAUGAAACUCUUUCGCUGAGGAGGAAGAAGGUGUCGCGGUGGAUUAUGAAACUCCUUCACUCAAGGAAUUGUGGCUCAGCCUUCAGAGGAAGACGUUUUUGAUUUUAUCUUUCUCCUUGAAAUCAGUUCAGCGUGUUUCUCACCGUUCUCACCUCGAACAGAUAACAAAUGACAUCACUUGGUUUCAUGGAUGUUGCAAGGUAUAUUCUUUCCUUUUUUUUUGUGUUCAGAUCAAACACUUUAUUCUUCUGUUUUUUUGUGCUCACUAGGAGUUUUUAGAUAUUGAAUAUUUUUUGUUUAGUUUAGUUAUUUUGUGCUCACUAUAAGACUAAUAUAGAAUAUUUUUCAUAAAAAAUUGCGUUGGUAUUAAUUUGACUCUAUGAUCGUGCUAUAGAUUUUACUGUAUAUUUUCUGAAUUAGGACAAAACUUCUUGACAGACGAAACAAACAUAGAGGUUUGAAGGUUCUUUUUUAGGUGGUUAGUUUCUACUUUUAGUUUUAGUUUAUAUUUUAAAUUAUGUCAUAGGCAAGUAGUUUAUAUUAACUAAUAACUUUGAUUGCAGAGGGUGAUAAUAGGGAGAAAAUGAUUUUAUUGGAGUCCUUGCAAAGCUUACAUUCUUGAGCUUGAGCAUAAGCCUUAAGCUUAUAAUUGACACCAAUUCUUUCCUGUUGCAUUCAUGCAUGGUCUCAUAUCUCUUUCCUGUUGCAAACACCUAAAGGCCAAUUCUUUCCUUCUCUUCUCUGUUUUGAGGAUGGAAAUAUACAACUAGCAAGACCACCUAAAGAUGAAGAAAAUAUCAACCAAGAAGAAAAUGUCAACCAAUAAAUCUUCUACAUGGGGACAUGUAGUUACACCUGCAGGUCAUCAUCAAUCUCAUUCAGAGACUUGAAGAUAAACUUUUCAACCUCAAGUAAGUCUAAGUCAAAACCUGAAGUGAGUACUCAUUCUUCACCUCGUAGUACUCAACCUCCAAGACUUGAAGUACAAAUUCCAACCCCAAUUACACCUCAAGCAAAUAUUCAACAAGGUCCUUCAUUUUCAUUUUCCCUUCCACUUCCAUCUGCAUCUCAAGCAAGUAUUCAACAAGGUCCUAAGUAUGCUUGUCCUCCACCUCCAUUUGCACCUCAGCCAAGAACCUUGAAAGUGAGGAUAUCUUCAACUAGCCAACCCCCAAUUGCACCUCAAUGUAAUUCUCAGCCACCACAUCAAUCUUUUCCUGUAUCUGAACCAACAAUACCAACUACAUCACAUUCAUAUUCUGAAAAUGAAGAGGAAGAAAAUGAGGAGACUGAGUUGCAAGUAGAUGAACAAAGGCCUGCAACCCGAAAAAGAGCAUGGUUUGUUAAUGUCAUUGAUGAUCAAGGAAAGAGAAUUACAAAACAACUACGAACCAAUGAUGUGUGGCAUUUACCUCCUAGUGAAAGGAUUGUUGUGCAGUGGAAUAAUGAGGGUCAACCAAUUGCAGAUGGUGGAGCAUUAUUGAAUAGGUUCUUGGGUAGCAUUGCAAGAAACUCUAAUUCUCUUCCUAUUAGUUAUUCUAGUUGGAAGAAGAUUCCUAAAGAUUAUAAAGAAGACGUAGUUAAGAAUACUAUUCAGGCUAAGUUUGAUGUCCAUUCUGAUGUUCAUAUAAGCCACAUCCUCAAAUCACUUAACAUAAAGUGGAGAGACCACCGACAGGAAUUGUGGCAACUUAGAAAUGAUGGAACACGUACUAGAGAUGAAUUGAUCACAAUGGUUCCAGCAGGAAUAGAUAGAGAUCAUUGGGCUUCUUUUGUGGAUUAUCGACUAAAUUCAAAAACAAAGGAGCAUGCUCUGAAAAAUAAAGAUAAUAGGGCAAAGCAAACCAUUGCUCACACAUGUGGAUCUAAGAGCAUUGCAAGGAAAAGAGAUGAAAUGGAAAAAGAGUGUGGCCACAAGGUUAGUAGAGGAGAGGUAUGGAUAGCAACACAAGGUUAAUGGGGGUUUUUGGAACCCCAAGCAUUACUGGAGUUUUUGUAAACCCCAUGUAUUACUGGGGGUUUUUGGAACCUCAUGCAUUACUGGGGGUUUUCAGAACCCCAGGCAUUAAUGAGGGUUUUCAGAACCCCAAGCAUUAACGGGGGUUUUCGAAACCCCAAGUAUUAAUGGGGGUUUUCGAAACCCCAAGUAUUAAUGGGGGUUUUCGAAACCCCCAGUAAAUUGCGCUACUUCCAGGGGUUGCUAAAAACCUCCGGUAAUCCGUUAGCCACGCUUGCACUUCCAGGGGAAUCUAAAACCCCUGGUAAAACCAUUAGUGGGGGUUAAAACCCCCAGAAACACCAUAUAUAACCCCCGCUAAAAACAAUUAUUUUUGUAGUGUCACCACACUGUUUGAGUCUCA